CUGACACACCACUCCCGCGGCUGUGGCCAUCCAUGGCUGUGCGACAAGCUGCUGCUGCGGCGGCGGCGGCAAUUCUUGUGGCAAUAGCGGCGGAGGCGGCGAGUGUGGCCGCCGGGGCCAAGGUCCCGGCGAUGUACGUGUUCGGCGACUCCACGGCCGACGUGGGGAACAACGACUACCUGCCGUGGAGCAUCGCCAGGGCCGACUUCCCCCACAACGGCGUCGACUUCCCCGGCGGCAAGCCCACCGGCAGGUUCAGCAACGGCCUCAUCGGCGUCGACUUCAUCGCCAUUGCCAUGGGGUUCAGCAGGAGCCCACCGCCAUACCUCUCACUCUUGGCCAAUGCUGCCAACAGCAGCAGUGAGAUGACGAGGAACAUGACGAUGGCAGCUGCAGCAGCCUACGCUACCGGAGCUAACUUUGCUUCUGGAGGCUCUGGCCUUCUUGAUUCCACUGGAUCUACAAUCAGCAUGACGCAGCAGAUAGAGUACUUCUCAGACCUUAAAGACCAGAUGUCAACCAGACUGAGUGCUGGCAGAGUGUCAGCCUUGCUGUCAAAAUCCAUCUUCCUCAUAAGCGCUGGGGCGAAUGAUGCCUUCGACUUCUUCUUACAGAACAGAUCACCAGACUCCACCGCCAUUCAGCAGUUCUCUGAAGCUAUGAUUUCCACGUAUGAUAGCCAUGUCAAAACACUGUACAAUUUGGGAGCGAGGAAAUUCGUGGUGAUCAAUGUGCCACUAAUUGGGUGCUGUCCAUACUUGAGAAGCCAGAACCCAACCGGAGAAUGUGUUGAGCCCUUGAAUCAGUUGGCCAAGAGCCUGAAUGAUGGAAUCAGGGACCUGUUCAGCAAUCUCAGCUCAGAAAUGCACGGCAUGAAGUACUCCAUUGCCAGUGCUUAUGAGCUUGUCUCUAGUUUGAUUAAAAAACCCCAUGCGGCUGGGUUGGAGGAGGUGAAGAGUGCAUGCUGCGGUGAUGGCAGAUUCAAUGCUGAGAGAGGGUGCACCCCCAGCUCCAGCUGCUGCAGUGACCGCAGCAAGUACCUCUUCUGGGACCUUCUGCACCCUACUCAGGCUACUUCCAAGUUUGCGGGCCAUGCCUUCUAUGAUGGACCAGCACAGUUCAUCAGUCCCAUCAGCAUCAAGCAGCUAGUUGAGGCAUAACACUCCCGCAUCAGAACAAGGAUUAGGCCAACACAUAUUUGAGCACCUUAUGUAGACUUCCUAUCAUUCUACUCUGCAAUUCAUCUGAAAACCUACACGAGGGUGGAAAAAAAUUGUCCAAGUUUUCUGAAAAGAGUAAAUACAAAUGGUUGUUGGCUCGAUGCA